GCUCAUAUCAUUGUUGCUUUUGUUAGCUUGACAAGCGAGUAACGCAGGUUUGGGCAGCUAAGUGUCUAUCAAGCUAACAGGCUAUCAAGCUAACAGGCUAUCAAGCUAACAGGCUAUCAAGCUAACAGGCUAUCAAGCUAACAAGCUAACAGGCUAUCAAGCUAACAGACGCUGUUCCAAUUUAAAGUCUCAAUUUCUCGAGAUUAUCAGUGGACUUCACGGCUUCAUGAUUCCUUUCCAAGACAAAGUUUUUGUGUGGAGAAGGUAAAGAGGCGCAGAGGAUUUAGCGCUCAGUCAGGAGGAAGAUAUCCAGGGAGAGAGAUUGAGGUUGCCCCUCUUAUAGAAGAUGUCCACCAUGGUGUAUCCUCGUGAAGAGAAGCUGGAGAAACUAACGCAGGAGGAGAUCAUCUCAAACACUAAGCUGGUGAUCCAAGGCCUGGAGGCACUGAAGAGCGAGCACAACUCUAUCCUGCACAGCCUGCUGGAGACCAUCAAGUGCCUGAAAAAAGAUGAGGAAGCCAACCUUGUGCAUGAGAAGUCUAACUUACUCCGCAAAUCUGUGGAGAUGAUUGAGCUGGGCUUGGGGGAGGCACAGGUCAUGAUGGCUCUGUCCAAUCACCUUAAUGCCGUGGAGUCAGAGAAGCAGAAGUUACGGGCCCAGGUGCGGCGUCUGUGCCAAGAGAACCAGUGGCUGCGGGACGAGUUGGCCAACACUCAGCAGAAACUGCAGAAGAGUGAACAGAGUGUCGCCCAGCUGGAGGAGGAGAAGAAGCACCUGGAGUUCAUGAAUCAGCUCAAAAAGUAUGACGAAGAUGUUUCACCCUCGGAGGAAAAAGAUGGUGAACCACCUAAAGGCUCUCUGGACGAUCUUUUCCCUAAUGAUGAUGAGGAACAUGGUCAAGGAAUGCAGCACCAGCACAACAGUGCAGCCGUUGCAGCAGCGCAGCAGGGAGGAUACGAGAUCCCAGCCCGCCUCCGAACACUCCACAACCUGGUGAUCCAGUACGCCUCUCAGGGUAGAUACGAGGUGGCAGUACCGCUGUGCAAACAAGCUCUGGAGGACCUGGAGAAAACCUCAGGCCAUGAUCAUCCCGACGUAGCCACCAUGCUCAACAUCCUCGCUCUGGUUUACAGGGAUCAGAACAAAUAUAAAGAGGCAGCACAUCUGCUCAAUGAUGCUCUGUCCAUCAGGGAGAAGACUCUUGGCAAAGAUCAUCCAGCAGUGGCUGCCACCCUGAAUAAUCUGGCUGUGCUGUACGGGAAGAGGGGCAAAUAUAAGGAAGCUGAACCACUGUGUAAGAGAGCCUUGGAGAUCAGAGAGAAGGUGCUUGGAAAGGACCACCCAGAUGUGGCUAAGCAGCUGAACAACCUGGCCUUGCUGUGUCAGAACCAGGGCAAGUAUGAGGAGGUGGAGUACUACUACUGCAGAGCUUUGGAGAUCUAUGAGUCCAGGCUGGGCCCUGAUGACCCUAACGUCGCCAAGACCAAGAACAAUCUGGCUUCAUGCUUUCUCAAACAAGGGAAAUACAAGGAGGCUGAGAUUCUUUACAAAGAGAUUCUCACCCGUGCCCAUGAGAAGGAGUUUGGAUCAGUUGAUGCUGAGAACAAGCCAAUCUGGAUGCAUGCUGAGGAGAGGGAGGAGAUGAGCAAAGGCAAGCACAAAGACAACACCCCAUAUGGAGAGUAUGGUGGCUGGUACAAAGCCUGCAAAGUCAACAGUCCUACUGUGAACACCACUCUGAGGAAUUUGGGUGCGCUGUACCGCAGACAAGGCAAGAUGGAGGCUGCGGAGACCCUGGAGGAGUGUGCCAUGAGAUCCCGCAAGCAGAGUAACUCAGGGAUCGAUCCCAUCAACCAGAGCCGUGUGGCUGAAAUUCUGAAGGAGGGUGAUGGAGAGAGAAGGAGGAGCAGGGACAGCAUGUCCAGCGUUAAGUACGAUAGCAGCUCUGAGGCUGGAGAGGAAGUGAGUAUGGGCAUAGAGUGGAGCGGGGAUGGUAGUGGGGCUCUGUCAAGGGGUACCUCUCUGGGGAGGAUCAGAGAAGUGCUGCGUAGAAGCAGUGAAAUGCUGGUGAAGAAACUGCAAGGAAAUGGACCUCCAGAGCAGCGCCAGACCUCCAAUAUGAAGCGUGCUGCCUCCCUUAACUACCUUAACAGGACAAAUGAUGAUUCCUUACAGAUUCCUGGGAUACGUAGGUUGGCGCAGAGCCGGGGCUUGAGCUCCAGUAAUUUGGAUCUGUACAGUGGGAAUUGAGGAAAUGCCUCUACAGCUCCAGCUAUGACUUUACCUCACCAUGCCAUGCCUACUGCACGACUUAAAUCACAGAUCAGAACUCGCUAUCUACAGAACUUGUCCUGAAUAUAGAUUAGUCUUGCUCUCUGAAGGGUUGCACUCUCCAGAACUUUGUUACAAUCUUUUUUGUCUUGUUUUGUUACCACACUUACUCAUUGUUAUCCGUAAAGCUAUGUUACAGGUUAUGUGUCUCUAUUUAAUGUGUCUUAACUACUUUCUCAGCCAGGAAACGUAUCCUAGAUGCUGACAUGCUGCAUUAUUCUCAGAUAAGGUUCAGUAAAGCAUUCUUCCAUAGCUAAAAUGAUUUGGGUCAAAUAGCACACUGUUAUUGAUGGAUUUUUUUUACCUGUACAAAAUAGAAGUCGCAUUUAGGGGGUUCUUGUUUUUUGUAAAUAAUUUUUUGCUUUUUUGCUUUUUUUUUUUUUUUUCCUGGUCUAUUUUCCUGGCUGAAAUGAGCAAAGCCAAAUUUGUGUCAUCACCACUGUAUCAUGUUGGUCCUGGACUCUUACUGUAUCUUCACUUCCAUAUCCUGUAGAGAAGAUAAAGCUCUGCUAAAUGCUGUGUAGCUGUAGAUCUGGGAAUGAGGUAUUAGAUAGCUGUAGAGAGGGAUACUCUAAAAUAACGUAAGAAAGAAGAAACUUAGUUACUGUGAAGUGGGUAAUUACUGUAGCUUAUCAGUUAGAAACGUUUGAGCAAAAGGGCAAAAAAACAAACUCUGUACCAACGGUGAUGUGUAUAAUGAGGCACUACAUGUCAUUAAAAUGCUAGCUAUAUUUUCUUAAAGGUUGAGGUUAUGGGCUUUGUUACUGUAUACAGAUUUUUAAAAGUGAAAAGUAUCUUAAUAUUAAUAUUUCUGUUACUGCUUGGCUUUACUGUAAGCAUUAUCAAGAUGAUGGAAUGUAUUUUUUUUGUUUGUUUGUUUGUUUACUCUUUUUUAAGGAAAAAUCAUUGCACAGGAUUGGAUCUUCCUUUUAGCUUGAUCUUUCUACUGAGUUGUUCCUGAAACUGGCUGUGUAACAUUUUUACUCUGGUGAAAUGGGCUAACUGGGAAACCAGUGCUUUAUAAUGAGAUGCAAGGUGUGACGAGUGUGAGAGGUACAGGAGUUUCUCAGGUAAUGCCAAAGAUGUGUAUGGAAUAAAUAUGAAACCCUGCAAGAGUGUUAAGCUGUUUUAAAAGAUUUAAUAUGUCAUACGUGCAUAUAAGUGUCAGUGAGAUAUUUGAUUGUCAGUCAUUUUAAAUUACUAAUAUAGAUAUUUCCUUUAAGUUGUUUGUGUGCGAUAUUGCAGAUAUUUUAGGACACAUUUGGCAUAUUUCUGGCCAAAGGAACCAAAGUACUUCGUUGUGGUGUGUGAGGUGGUUGAUGUGAGGAGGAUUUUUAAAAAUAUGUUACACAAGGCAAUGUGUUUGAAUGUUUUAUAAGACUAUUACUGGAGGGUGAUGGGAAAAUGUCAAUAUGGAUUUUUAAAGAGGGCUCUGCAUGACUUCAGCUGAAUGGCUUCACUGUAAAAUGCUUUCCUUUUGAACUCUCUAGGUGUUGGGUACGAUAGCCAUAGAAGCCCUGCUGUUGGGUAUUAUUGUCAUUUUUAUAAUUUAUACCCUCAGAUUAUGUGAUGUAACAGAUGGUGAAAAUAAAGUGGUUUACCUUCUAUGGGA